GAAGACACUCACGACAUAGCUGUUUCUACUUUCAAACAAAUCACACUUUAUACCGCAAAGGUCUGCCCAUAUGCUCAGAGAGUUGAGCUGGCUCUCGCAGAAGCGAAAGCCGAUUUCAAGUCGUACCAGAUUGAUCUUCAAAACAAACCGGAAUGGUAUGCACCUCAAGUGAAUCCCGCGAGCAAAGUUCCUGCAAUUGCAUACGGAGGUCCUAAUGUAUCACCAGACACCCCUUCUCCUGACUCAAUCAAAAUCGCCGAGUCUCUGGUCCUUCUCGAAUUCAUAGCUGAUCUCUAUCCUUCUGCGCAUCUCCUCCCGACAGACCCCGUCGCCCGCGCCCAGACACGCUUCUUUAUCGAUGCGGUGUCUACCAAAUUCGCACCAGCUUACGUUGGCUUCGUUGUCCGCGGAGAGUCAUACGAGACCGUUCUCAAGGCCUUUGAGGCUAUUCAAAGCCUUUUACCUAAUGAAGAGAGCCCGAAGUUCGCGGUUGCUGGUCAAUACACCAUUGCAGAUGCUGCCAUUGCACCUUUCGCGGCGCGAUUGCGCCUUUCGGUGGAAAACGAGAUUGGUGUAUUUGCACCGGGAGAGGGUGCCAAGCUCAUUAAAGAGCUUAAAACUCCCAAAUACGCCAGAUUCUUCAACUACGUCGAAUCGUUGUUCCAGAGGGAUAGCUUCAAGGCUACUUUUGAUGAGGAAUAUGUCAAGUCUGUGUUUUUGAAACGGUUCAAUGCUUUGCGUGCGGAGAAGUAAGUCCGUGGCAGAACAAUGUGUGGGAAUGAUCAGAAUUGAAGCCUGAUUUCUCAUGGAAAGGGGCAAAUUGUAACAAUAGUCACAAAUAGGUCCUGUACAGUAAAUCGUGUUUUUUAUUUAGUAGCCAACCAUAUCGAGUUCUCAGAC